GGAUUAAACAGACAGAGAGGGGUGCAUGGUUAUUUGGGUAUACUGGUGCAGGAUACUGGGGAAUAUUGGAGCAUAUGGGGCGGCGGACACGGAGCGCGUCUUAUUAUUAAUAAACACAACCGGAGUGAGACAGUGAGGCAGUGAAGGGGUGAAGGGGUGAGGAGGCUGUGAGAAUGGACCACAUCAGGACACCAAAGGUAGAGAAUGUGCGUUUGAUAGACAGACUGACUCCAAGAAGGUCCAGGGUCGGGACUCUGUAUCUGUCCUCUACACACACCAUCUUUGUGGAGAACUCGGAUGCUCGCAGAGAGACAUGGCUCCUUCACAGUUUGAUCAGUACUGUGGAUCGUCCACCUGCUACCCCUGCAGGAAGUCCUCUGCUUCUGCGCUGUAAGAACUUUCAGGUGUAUCAGUUUCUGCUGCCACAUGAGAAGGAGUGUGCUGAUGUUCAGGAGUCACUUACACGCCUCUCCAGACCAGAUGGUUAUGGAGAGCUCUACUGCUUCUCCUUUCUUCCCAGCGUUCCUAAGGAGGAGCGAGAAAAAACCUGGAGCUUCCUGGACCUCCGAGCUGAGUUCCACCGAAUGGGAAUUCCCAGCAACCUUUGGAACAUUACACCGGCCAAUCACGAAUACAGAGUGUGUGAUACGUACCCCUCAGAGCUGUUUGUACCAAAGUCAGCAACCCCUGCAGUCAUCGUGGCAAGCGCCAAAUUCAGGAGUCGGGGCCGACUUCCUGUUCUCUCCUACUUCCACAGGGACACGAGUGCUGCUGUGUGUCGCAGCAGUCAGCCUCUGUCUGGGUUUAACACUCGUUCUCCAGAGGAUGAACAAAUGCUCCAGGCCAUCAUGAAAUCCAACCCAGCCAGUGACUACAUGUAUGUGGUGGAUACACGCCCGAAGUUGAAUGCGAUGGCCAAUCGAGCAGCAGGUAAAGGCUAUGAGAACGAGGACCACUACACCAACAUCAGACUACAGUUCUUUGGUAUUGAGAACAUCCACGUCAUGAGGAGCAGCCAGCAGAAACUCAUUGACGUUGGGGAUCUCCGGUCACCCUCGAUGGGGGACUUUCUGUGGGGUCUGGAGAAUUCUGGCUGGCUUAAACAUAUUAAAGCCGUGUUAGAUGCAGGGGUCUUUAUUGCCAAGGCGGUAGCAGAGGAGGGGGUGAGUGUUUUGGUGCACUGUUCUGAUGGGUGGGACCGAACAACUCAGGCAUGUUCGGUGGCCAGCAUCCUCUUAGAUCCUUACUACAGAACCAUCAAAGGAUUUUUGGUGCUGAUAGAGAAAGACUGGGUGUCAUUUGGGCACAAGUUCUCACACAGGUACGCUCACCUGGACGGAGACCCGAAGGAGGUGUCUCCAGUGAUCGAUCAGUUUCUGGAGUGUAUUUGGCAGCUGAUGGAGCAGUUCCCCUGUGCAUUCGAGUUCAAUGAGCGCUUCCUUCUGCAGCUGCACACCCACAUUAAUUCCUGCCAGUAUGGAAACUUCAUUGGAAACAGCCAGAAAGAGAGGAGAGACCUGAGGAUCCGUGAGAGGACUCACACUGUGUGGCCUUACCUUUGGAAGGACAGAACAGAGUUUAUGAAUCCUCUCUACAGGUCGGACCACAGCCAGACUCAGGGGGUCCUGAGACCUCUCACCACGCCCUACUGCUUCAAGUUCUGGAAGAGCAUGUACAGUCCUGCAGAGAGGGCCUCAAGCCAGUCACCUUCUGAUUGGCUGAACACAGUAAAAGAGGAGUCACAGCAGCUAGAGGAGGAGCUCAACACCCACCAGGAGAGACUUGCUCAGCUGGUAGGGCCGAAGACACCGAGUGACACCAGAAAGAAGAACGGAGUGACUGAACGUUCGUAUCAGACAACUUGUAAGGAAAACGACGUCCCUCAGGAUUACUUUACCUGUAGAAGCUCCACACCGGGCGGUAAAAACCACACAGCUUCCUUCACACUACCACUAAAAUCACCUAAGGGAAGCGAGCACGACGACCUUUCUGCCUGCAGUGACAUUGAGUCAGGGGUGGCUGAUCUGAGCAGCUAUGCCUCCAGCGCCUGCGAGGACAUUAAAUACCCAGAUUCGGACGAGAUGGCUUACGCAAAUGCCUGAUUAAAAUCUGAAGGCUGGUGCUCAGAAUUCAUGUUAAGGUUUUCUGUAGAAGCUGUUUACCUUAUUUAUUUGGACCAAAAUCUUUAAUUAUAUUUAAGGGAUUUUGAAAACGUGUUUGAUGUGUGACAGGUGUAAAUAUUUAUAAGCACACGAUCAAUUUUAAACCUGUGUAUUUAAGCCAUGGAACAAAACCAGAGUUAGAUUGGUUAGUGACAACGUUGUGUAAUUUUCCUUUAGGUCAACAGUAAUAAAUAAUCUAGCAAAUAAAACGUCUAGGAUUCAAGUUUGUAUAAAUAAUACGCCAAUCAAAUUGAAAUGGUACUUUUAUUGAAAACUGUGAAAACAUAUUGAACUAGUGAGUAGUUUUUUAUUUUUAGAAUAAAGAUGGUUGUUACUAAAUAUUUUUCAGGGACUUAAUGUUGGAUUUGAACAAAUUUCACCAUCCCCCCUAUCCAGGGACUGAACAAUGUUAGAUUGAG